UGACGAUGUGAUGGACAAUAUGGCGCCGGGAGUAGAUUUAGCUUGUGAGCCUGUCGUUGUUUAAAGGCCGGCGAUCCGACAGGAUGAACCUCUGCGCCCAAUACUUACGGCAGGCAGAGGCCCUGAAGGCUGACAUGACGGAUUCCAAGCUUGGUGCAGCGGAGGUCUGGACAUCACGACAGGCUCUUCAGGACUUAUACCAGAAAAUGCUGGUAACAGACCUGGAGUAUGCCCUGGACAAGAAAGUGGAACAAGAUCUCUGGAACCAUGCUUUUAAGAAUCAAAUAACAACACUACAGAGUCAAGCUAAGAACAGGGCCAACCCCAAUCGAAGUGAAGUGCAGGCCAAUCUCUCCCUGUUUCUUGAGGCAGCUAGUGGAUUCUAUACACAAUUAUUGCAGGAGCUGUGCACAGUGUUUAAUGUGGACUUGCCUUGCCGUGUGAAAUCAUCUCAGCUUGGCAUCAUCAGCAAUAAACAGAGCAGCACCAGUGCCAUUGUGAAGCCCCAGCCCAGCUCCUGUUCUUACAUCUGCCAGCACUGUCUCGUCCAUCUUGGAGAUAUUGCGCGUUAUCGCAACCAAACCAGCCAAGCUGAGUCAUACUACAGACAUGCAGCUCAACUCGUUCCCUCAAAUGGUCAACCUUACAAUCAACUCGCCAUACUGGCCUCCUCUAAAGGAGACCACCUCACAACGAUCUUCUACUACUGCAGGAGCAUUGCUGUCAAAUUCCCCUUCCCUGCUGCCUCUACCAAUCUACAAAAAGCUCUUUCCAAAGCUCUUGAGAGCCGUGAUGAGAUCAAAACAAAAUGGAGCGUGUCUGAUUUCAUUAAGGCCUUCAUCAAGUUCCACGGCCAUGUUUAUCUCAGCAAAAGCCUGGACAAGCUCAAUACCCUGAGAGAGAAACUUGAGGAGCAGUUCCAGAGACUGAUUCUCCAAAAAGCCUUCAGCUCUCAGCAACUGGUCCACAUCACGGUGAUAAACCUGUUUGAACUGCACCACCUCAGAGACUUCAGCAAUGAGGCAGAUGAGCACAGCUACAGCUCGGAUGAGCAGAUCAGCUGGAUCCAACUCCUCGGCCUCUUCAUGUCUUUCCUGGGUGUGAUGUUAAGCCGAGCAUUACUCAAUAAGAACCGUGAGGAGAUCAUGGGGGAGUGCCCUCUUCCUGCCAUCAAAGUGUCCCUGGACUGGUUGAGGCUUCGACCCAGUGUGUUUAAUGAAAGUGCUGUGGACAAGCGACAGUACAUCUGGCCAUGGCUGGUGUCCAUUUUGAACAGCUUUCAGCCCAAAGAGGAGGAUGUGUCAAAUGCCUCAGUGAUUCCACUUCCUGAGGAAUUUGAGCUGCAAGGCUUUUUGGCCCUCCGGCCUGCUUUACGGAUGCUAGACUUCUCUAAAGGGCACCAGGGUAUCGUGGUUGGCAAAGAGAGCCUAUUAGUUCAUGCCAGACACCAGAGACUCAUCAGCCUGGGCAAGUUGGUGGCUGACAACCAACCGCGGUUGAUCCAAUGUCGCAUUAGUGAUGGGCUUGUGCUUUUCAUUACUGAUAUCCCUGAGAUGGUGGUAGAAGAGCCACAAGAAAAGGACACACCUGUCCUUCAGGAGUCAUCUAAUGGUGAGCAAACACCUAACGACAGCACCCAGGGCCUGAAAUCUGUCCUAUCAGUUGGAAAGAACCAGAACAGCGGACUGGAUGGCAGCGAGAGGCCUGUGGUCACCUUCAAAGAGAAUAUCAAACCUCGUGAGCAGAGCAGAGAACAGAACCGAAACCAGCACCAGAGAGAUGCAGGGAAGGACAGAGCUGGAUUUAAUAAAGGAAAUGGAAUACAAGGGAAAAGUGAACAGAAGAAAGAAGGAAAGAGGAAGAGUGAGGUGAAGAAGAACAGUCAUGAUAAAGCAAUAGAUGCUGGGAAACAGGUGAAGACUCAAAAUGAGAUAAGGAAGACUCCAGUUUCUGAAGCGAGGAAGACUCCGGUCACACAGACGCAAACCACAUGCUCUUCUCAGUUUAUCCCCAUACACCACCCAGGAGCUUUUCCCCCUCUGCCCAGCAGACCAGGUUUCCCCCCACCUGCAUAUGUGAUCCCUCCUCCUGUGGCGUUCUCCAUGAGCCCAGGCUUUACCUUCCCCACAGGUGUAUCCGUACCUGCACCCUUCCUCCAGGCCUCCCACCCUCAGUCUGCCAAUCAAGUGCAGACCGGAAAACCCUCACACAUUCCUUACAGCCAGCAGAGGCCCUCGGGCCCAGGAGCCCUAAACCAAGGCCCUCCCCAACCUCAGCAGACACAGCCUCCCCCUCCACAGCCAUCUCAGCAGGCCUUGCAACAGUCUGUGCAGCUCCAAGUACAGCAGCAGCAGCAACAACAACAGCAGCAGCAGUCGCCAACUAAACAGAGCUCUCAGCUCAGCAAGAGUCCACCCCAUCAUCACGGCAUGCAGCAGCCUUACAUGCAGGUGCCUGAACAAGCUGGUCAAAUGUGGAGCCAGCACCAAACUCCGGCCGCCAUGCAGAAAAUGCCCAUGCAGAUACCAGUCAAACAGCCUUUCUUCAUGCCCACCCAGGACCCAAUGAAGCUCUUUGAACACCCCAUGAGCAUGCAGCCCCCUCAACCCAGCAUGGACAAGAAGAUGAAGUUUCCAGAGGUGAAAGUGCAGGAUUUCUACUGGGAGCCGUCGUACCACAUGGGAGUAGAGGGCAGAGCCGGAAUGGGAGACAGGAUGGGCAAACGACAGCCUGGAAUCUUCUGCCCCGACCAGGAGAACAUGCCCAGAGGCCCGCAAUAUGAAGACAACAAGAGCUCCCCUCUUCUGCCCCCAGACCUGUUAAAGACUCUGGCGGACUUUGAGGAGGAGGAGGAGCUGCUCUUUACUAAACCUCAUGAUUUCUACCAGGCUUUGGCUGGCCCUCUUAGCUCUGCUCCUGGAAGGAACAUCUUUUUGCCGAAUCAGUCAAGGCUGGACAGUGGCACUGAUGUGAUUGGUCAGUCCUCUCUUCUCCCACGUUUUUCCAUUCCGGAGAGCUACCAGAACAACAGCAUUUUUAGCGAGGCCUAUGGUAAAAAUAUGGCCCCUGCUUCUAAACCAGAUACCCCCAUGAUGCACCAGGAACCCUCCCUCUACUCCUUGUUCGAAGGAACUCCAUGGUCCCCUUCCCUGCCUGCUAGCUCAGAUCACUCGACACCAGCCAGUCAGUCACCUCACUCUUCCAACCCCAGCAGCCUACCCUCAUCCCCUCCAACCCACAGCCACGCCUCCCUACCCUUCUCCAACUUUGGCCCCAUCGGGACGCCCGACAGCAGAGACCGCAGAGGACCUGACCGCUGGAAGGCAGAGAAGACUGGUAUAAGUGGCUUUGGGUUGGACUACUUGCCUUCUGCUUCAUCCUCUACCAUGCCAGAGACAAACAGCUGGCACCAGGGGGUGCCAACCAGCAGCUGGGCAGCUCAGGACAUGCCAAUGGAAGAUUCCUCCUCUGUCCUCCUCGACAGUUUCAAGUCAAUCUGGUCAAGCUCUAUGAUGCAGCCUGGCCCAUCUGCGCUGGAGCAGCUCCUGAUGCAGCAGAAACAGAAGCAGCAGCGCGGCCACGGCAACAUGAACCCGCCACACUGAGAGUCCACAGGGGAAAAGCACUUGUGUGAAACAUGAUUCAACUGAAGAGGUGAAACACCACAAGCUCCAAUCGGAAAUUUCCGGCAUUAUCUGCGUGCGGAGGCUGGAGACGGCGAACGAUGUGAAGCGACAGGCUCAAGACGAACCGCUCGCCUAACCGACGAGGGACGUGUAGCCCUCUCCUCUCCUCUUUCUCUCUCACUCACUCUGUUUCUCUCCCUGUGCCUCUAUGGCAACGAGGGCGUGCAAGCACCUGACCUGCCACGCUGCUCAGCACGUAGCCGCUUCAGAACACAGACUCUAGAGGGAAACUUUUAGAGAAUUCCUCUCUGAUUGCCACCUCGCUUCCUCUGGGAGUUCAAAAAAAGGCCAUUCUCCCAUCUCAUCUGGACUCCCUGACUUAAGACUCUGGAUUUGACUCCCUCAUGCCACCUGCUUAUAUCACUCUGUGUGACUGACACACCACACAUGAAGGAGGUGUUUAUGUGAGAUUGUGUGUGUCAGAAAGGGAUGUUUAUUGAUGAGCAGAAGUGGUAGAAUGAGGGACAAAAGGAAAGAAGGACUGCUUUUGAGUUUUAUUUUCAGUCUGGAUUCAUUUUCUUGGAGGAUGGAUUCGUGUCACUUGUGUUUAGAUGAAAAAAUACAAGAAAAAAAUGGAUGAAUGAAGAGGGAGGCAGUCAGUGUAAACGUGUGCUGCUAUAUUAAGCACAUGGAUCUUAGAACUUUGACACAGGCAUGGAUCAUGGUGUUGUCAUGUACAGUCUGUUGAUUUGUAAGAUGUGUUUGAAAAAUGAGACGGGGAAAGUCUCGGGGGCGCUGCCUCUAACAUUCGAACCAUUAUGAAGCUCAUAGCAACAUUUAUAGCUCGAUCAGUAUCAGAGCUGGAGGUUAGACUAUAGAUGUAGGAUGUAGUAUCAUUAGCUGCAAUAGAGACUGCAAUUAUUAACAAUACUGUAUUUUGUGACUUGUUCUGUAGCAGUUUUAGCUCUCUGAAAUAUUAUUCAGUAAAUAUGUUCAUUAGUUUACUGCUAACAGGGAGAGUUCAUUGAAUAUAAAUGUAUCUCCCCCUCUCUCUUCUCUCUUCUCUUUGUUUCUUUAAGCUAAUCUUUACUCUGGCUUACACGCAUAACAGCUUCUUUUGUUCAUGUUCUGCUUUUUUAAUAGUUUUAAGCUCUCUUUGUGCCUGGUCUGUGUUUUCUCUUUUUCCCUUUUGUUGUGUUUUCUCUUUUUUUUUUUUGUUGGUUUUAAGAAUUGUUAGCAUCACUAUCAUGGUUGGCACUGUUGGGAAGAUCGAAACUAGGCAACGGGUCCAGCUGCAAUGCUGGUUAGCAGAAAGGGACGCAAGCCAGGGAAGACCUUUUUCCUACAGCAGCCUCACAGCCAUUGAAUUUACCAUCUUUACAGCCACCGUUCUCCAAUCAGUUCAUAAGCCACUGAAUGAGAAGUCUAAAUAGCCACUGACUGUGCUUAGACUGAAGAAAGUUCUCUGAUAGGACUGUAGAAUUAUAAACAAACAAGUUGCGCUAGCUUCAGAUAUAGCUCUUGUUGUUUGGCACUAAGAAAUAGUCUCUGAGAGAGAAUUAGCCCGACUAUUGCUAUAUUCAGAAAUGUUCUUGUAACAUAAAUUGUUGGUUUCCUCAGGUUAGUGUUGUGUAGCCCUAUUUCUAUAGGGGCCCUGGCUUUGCUAGUGCUAGAGUGAUUGAUUGUGUACUGGAAAAUGGUCCCAUUAUCAUGGACGCUCUUGGAGUCUCUUUUUUUUUUUUUUCAAAAUCAAAUAUUGUUUUGAAACCGAAUGGUUCUAAAAUACUCUUUAAACUGAUUUUCAGUAGAGGAUAUAGCACUGAAUAGGGCUUUCAAAGGAUCUCUGCAAGACCUUGCAGGGGUGUCACUGUUUGUUAGAGAUGGUCUGGGGCUAGAGGUUAGUGUUGGAUAUGCUGAAAUAUCUAUUAAAAAAAAAAGUCAACAUCCUGGUUAAAAAGCAAUGGCAUUUUUGUUCAGCGAAAGUUAUAUGAAAGACAUAAUCUCUUGUAUGAUGAGAAUAAAGCGUGUUUUUAUUUUUGAGUAGAGAACAUUUUAUUAAAGACAAACUUUAAAUGAUGUGUCUAUUUGCAGUGUGAUUGUGAUUCUCUUGUUGCAUUUAAAAUUGUAUUAAAAAAAUAAAGGAAUAAAUAAAUAAAAGGAACCUUUAGAGGUUGAUUUAGGUCGAAGUAUCAUUCGGGGAAAAAAAAACCUGACAAAAAAAAAAAAGAUUUUAAUGGGAGUUUUGUGCCCCAUUUUGUUAAUCCCCCCCCCCCCCCCCCAUUUUAGAAUCAUUCAACAAGAAGUCUGUGCUCUGGUUGCUGUGGACAUCUAACAUUCUUAUAUUUUGGAUGGACUUGAGGUGCACAGUCUUGUGUGAAUGUUCUUUUUUGGGUACUUUGUAUCUCACUGCAUUGUAAAUGUGGAUUUCCCUAUUGUCCAGUAUUCAUCUUUUAACUGUGGCUUCUGUAGUUUUGUACAUUACAAUGCUGAUCACAAGGACAUCAGCCUUGCGCCUUUGGGCCAUAAUAUAACAUUCCAAUAGAAAAGCUAAAGAAAAAAAAAAAAAUACAAAAUAACAGCCAGCUUUUGACAGCAACUGCACAGGAAAAUUUACCACUAAGCAACUGUCUCAACCCUAAAUUCAGUCUGCCAUUUCUGAAAUUCUGCAUGAAAUACAUCUUUCAGAAUGCCUUGUAUUUUUGAUGGAGAUAUCCUGUAAUUUUUUUUUUUCUUUUUUUUUUUUUUUAAAGAGGAUUUUGUCAGGGAAUAGUUGGGGUUGAGGAUAUCUCCUUCUAUAACAGGCUUGAUUUAUUGUGUUCUUGUCUCUUUGUGGACACUAAUAAACCCUGAAAUCAGCUAUGCCUUUAAUUAAAUAAACCAUGUCCUCAUA